AUGAUUUCCAACAUCAAGAGAAAGCUUGCUUCGUCCUCAGCUUCAUUCUCAUCGUCAUGGCGAGAAAGAGAACAGAACACCUCAUCGAGUAGUAACAAGCGACAUCAAUCUUCCUCUCGAACACCGCAAUCCCAACGACAAUACCAGCAAUGCGAUUCAGAGCAAAAAUGUUAUUGUCCCCGUCAUCGCAACUCCUCUGCGACGAAUUGGUCCAUCACAUGUACACUUCUCAAUGAGGCAACUUCCUAUCAACCUCCCAGACGCCAAGAAAUAAACAGCCACUCACAUCCAGAUUCCUACGAAGCAUUUAUGCAAAAUGCAUUGGAAGAGGAGCAAAGACGGGAAAGACACAAGCGAGCUGUGCGCAAAGCAAACGAUGCGUGGCAGCAAGGAUUUCGAAGAUCAGACGCUGCUGGGACGAGGAUUUGGUUGCAAAGUUGUGGGUUAGCCAAGUAG